CCUCAUACCACACACACUCCAGCCACCAAACAGCUGGAACCUAGUGUACUCAUUCCACACCUCCUCCAAACUCACAAAACAUGACACCCUCGGAAACCCUCACCCACGUGCGCGCCGUCAGCGCCGCCCAACGCGCCAACAGCCCCAUCUACGCCCAUCUCCUCUCCGACAUCACCAUCACCUCCGCGACGGAAGGGCACCUCUUAGCCACGAUCCCCGUGGGCGCCCCGCACAUCAACUCCAAGGGCGGGCUGCACGGGACGAUGACCGCGUGCCUGGUGGACUGGGCGGCGGGGAUGGUGAUCGCGACGUACGGCGGGAGCUACACGGGGGUGAGCACGGAUCUGCAUGUCUCGUACGUGGCGUCGGCGCGGGAGGGGGACGUGUUGGAGGUGACGGGGCGGGCGACGAAGGUCGGGGGGACGAUGGCGUUUGUGGCAGUGGAGGUUGCGAGGGUAGUUGAUGCAGAUGGUGAGAGGGUGGUGGUUGCGAGUGGCUUGCACAGUAAAUAUGUUAAGCAGCGCUCUACUUAGGGACAUUUAUGCGGGGGAGGAAGUGCGUUGAACCAGGAAGCUGAAAAGAAAAGGGGGGUCCGGGGGUUCUCCCCCGGGAAGCCUUUUUUUUCUCUGUGGAUUGGGGAUGAGUUUGGCCAGGAAGCUGAAAAAAAAGGGGGGUCCGGGGGUUGCCCCCCGGGAUACUUUACUGAUAUAGGCGGGACAAAAUGUUGAUUUGACUCUGUAAGGAUCUGUCUGAAGGACUAUCCUAGGAUUCAGCCAGGCGAUGACCUAUGAAGAAGCCAAGAAGUCUGCGAUGACCUGCAGGUAUUUCUCCGGCUCAUCGAACUGGGGACAGUGCGCACUCUCCGACAGCGUCACCCACUUGACCUUAGGGAUUCCCCAGAAGAACGGCUCGACCGUACUGUUCUGCG